AUAAACCCUUUAGCAUCCGUACUUCAUUUCAUUUUCACAGAAUUUAUUAUAUUUUCGGACGAGUCGAGUUUUGUUGAUCGAGAGAGGCUGAAAAUGCAGGAAAAUCUUCCUCCUGGAUUCAGGUUUCAUCCCACAGAUGAAGAACUCAUCACUUAUUAUCUUUAUAAUAAGGUUUCAGAUUUUGGUUUCACUUCUAGGGCUAUUACUGAUGUUGAUCUUAAUAAGUGUGAACCUUGGGAUCUCCCUGCCAAAGCCGCCAUGGGCGAAAAAGAAUGGUAUUUCUUCAGCUUGCGAGACCGCAAGUACCCAACUGGAUUGAGGACGAAUAGAGCUACAGAAGCAGGUUACUGGAAAACAACAGGCAAAGACAGAGAGAUUUAUCGCGGUGAAGUCUUGGUAGGAAUGAAGAAAACCCUAGUUUUUUACAGAGGUAGAGCUCCCAAGGGUGAAAAAACCAACUGGGUUAUGCAUGAAUAUAGACUAGAAACCAAGCUUGCCUUCAAACCCGCAAAGGAGGAAUGGGUGGUAUGCAGAGUCUUCCUAAAGAGUUCGACGGUGAAGAAACCUCAGCAAACACCGGCAUCACCGCAAUCCCAAGAAUCUCCUUGUGAUACAAAUGGAAUGAUCAAUGAGCUCGGGGACAUCGAAUUACCAAACAUCUCCAACAACAUCGCUGCCCUACAAAACUUCAACGGGCUGGGGCCGGAUCCUAACAUGAACUGGAUAAAUGCUGCAGCAAACUCUCUUCAGCCAUCACUAACCAGCUGUUGGCCACUGCUAAGUUCCAAUCUUUCAAUGAAUUCUUUGCUUCUUACAGCAUUGCAGCUUAGAGGCCAUCAGCCGCAGCCCCAAGGAGACACGAGUGCCGAUUAUUCAUCAUUUAUCCCACAAGGGAUUUCUUCUGAAUUUGGAAAUAUUGAUAUAGUGGCUUCUUCAUCUAGGGUUUUAGAUUCUGUCCAGCAGCUGCAAACACAAGAACAGCAGCAGUCGUAUGAUGUGGACUACCAGAACUUGGUGAAGGUCAAUCCAAGUGUCACUACUAACUACUUCUAAACUUUCGUAAAUUGUUGAGUACGUUGGAAUAUACGCAACAACAUUAAGGAAGAAAAAUAAUUAUAAUUUCCAUUUGUAAUGUCGGAUCAGCCCAAUACUGCAUAUCAAACAUGUUGUCAUCUUGUAUAGUGAAUCACGGUGGGGGCUUCUUAUAUGUAUUGUAACCCACAGGAGAUAUGGGCGAAGUCCAUACCCCAAAUAAGAAUCUUGAUUUCUAGUAAGUGGAAAUUACACCUA